AUGUAUGUGGUUGGCGAUGCAAGUAUGCACGGGAUGUGUUCGAUGAACCAGCAAACAUGGGCACAAGUGUCAGUUAUCGAGUUAUAUGUUAAGUUCGAAGAAUUAGUUGAGGUUGAUUUACCCGAACCUAACAUCGAUUGGACGGUUUAUAACACUGAAAGUGAAGAAGAAUUCGAGAGCACUUAUCAUAUUGUUGGUCCAGUUGAAGAUAUCGACGAAGAUGAUAUCAUAGUUGAGCCUGACGUUGCAGAUGUGACAAAUGCACUAACGAGCCAACAUCCAUCAAGAGAGCCUUCUUUUAUACACGCUUUGGAUCUAGACGCUAUGAAUGCACCAGAAUUUUCUGAGUUUGUCAAUGCAGAUGGUGAAUUUAUUAUCGGUAUGGAGUUUAGUUCUAGAGAAACUGUGAUUGCAGCAAUUAAAGAUUAUACCAUUCGUUGGGGUGUGAAUUAUCGAGUGUGUGAAUCUGAGCCAACCACAUUUUAUGCUAAGUGUAUACAAUAUAGAACAAAUUGCGAUCGGCUUAUCAGGACUAGUCCUAUUAAGAGAAAGUUUUGUUGGGUUAUAAGGCGGUACAAUGGUAGUCACACAUGUACCAGGACAACAAUUUCUCAAGAUCAUGUGAAGCUAAACUCAGACAUAAUUGCAGAGGUGAUAACGCCAUUGGUUAAAGUUGAUCCAUCUUUAAAGGUGAAAUCUGUGAUUGUUGAAGUGCAAUUAAAAUUCAAUUAUACGAUAAGUUACCGCAAAACAUGGCUGGUUAAGCACAAGGCAAUUGCAAAUAUAUUUGGUGGUUGGGAAGCUUCUUAUCAAGCUUUGCCAUCAUGGUUUGAAGCAACGGUACAAAAAGAUCCAUCAGCAACAGUCGAGAACAAAACUACACCAGCUUACCAAGGGGAUGAGGCGGUCCAGGAUUUUCUUUGGCUUCCCAGAACCUUAUAUCUUAUCUAUUGGGCACUGUUACCAAAUUGA